AGGCCCAAAUCACAGUCGAGGACCGGUAGGGUUUAAGUUUAACAGCUUCGAGGUUUUGUAGAGCCCUUCGUUUCUGCAGAAACCAAGCAUGAGAUCUGCAAUUUCUUUUUCCACAUUCUCUCCAAUUUUACGAUGGCCUUUCACAAACCCGAAAUGUGUCUGCUCUGUUUCUAUCCCACCAGCCAUAUCAGAACCAGAGAUUCUUGAGAAAUCCACCUCAGAAUCACUUUCACAUUUUCCCGAGGAUCCCAAUCCGAAAGCCAAUUUUCCCGAGAAAAUCAGUCCAGAGUCCAGUUUUCCAGGAAACUCAUCUUCCCCAUAUCCAAGAUACUCCCAAGACACCGUACCCACUUCGCAAAUUCACCAAGAAACAACGCCUCUCUCACAAAACCAUGUAAUAGAUGCUCUUCUGUGCCACGUCAAUGACCCACAAUCAGCUCUGAGAUACUUUAAACGGGCCGAAACGCAGCGUGGUUUUAUCAGAGGGGUAGAUGCCUACUGUGUUUUGCUCCACAUUUUGAUGCGGUCGCCUGAGACUCAUGGACAUGCUCGGAAAUUGCUUAAUCGAUAUGUCUCGGGUGAUUCGGAUCCCAGUCCAGUUGUUUUUGUUGAUCAUCUAAUCAACUGCGCGAAAAGGUUCGAUUUUGAAUUAGAUCAUCGGGUUUUUAAUUAUUUGCUAAAUGCUUACAUUAGGGCCAAUCGAAUUGAAAAUGCAAUCGAUUGUUUCAAUGCGAUGAUCUGUCAGGAUGUGAUUCCUUGGGUUCCGUAUAUGAAUAUUCUUUUGACUGCUCUGGUUAGGAGAAAUCUGAUUGGGGAAUUGCGAGAUUUGUAUAAUAAAAUGGUUUUGAGAGGAAUAUAUGGUGAUCACUUUACAGUACAUGUCAUGGUUCGAGCUUGUUUGAAGGAAGGGAGGGUGGAGGAGGCGGAGGAGUAUUUUAGGGAAACAAAGGAAAGGGGUGUUAAACUUGAUGCAGGGGCAUAUAGUAUUAUUAUUCAGGCUGUUUGCAAGAAACCAAAUUCGAAUUUGGGUCUUGAGUUGUUGGAGGAGAUGAAAGAGAGGGGGUGGGUUCCUUCAGAGGCCACUUUCACUAGUAUUAUUGUUGCUUGUGUGGCACAGGGAAAUAUGGUGGAGGCUUUAAGGCUAAAGGAGGAGAUGAUAAAUUGUGGGAAGCCGAUGAAUUUGGUGGUUGCAACGAGUUUAAUGAAGGGGUAUUGUGCUCAAGGCAAUUUGGAUAGUGCUUUGAAUUUGUUUAAUAAGAUCACUGAAGAUGGACUUUUUCCGAACAAAGUUACAUAUUCAGUCUUGAUUGAAGGUUGCUGUAACAGUGGGAACAUUGAAAAGGCUUCUGAACUGUACACUCAAAUGAAACUCAAUGGUAUCCCGCCUAGUGUGUUUAAUGUGAAUUCCCUAUUACGGGGUUACUUGAAAGCUCCAUUGUGGGAAGAAGCAUCCAAGCUGUUUGAUGAAGCUGUUGAUUGCGGUGUUGCCAAUAUUUUUACGUAUAAUAUCAUGAUGUCGUGGCUAUGCAAAGGAGGCAAGAUGGAUGAAGCUUGCAGUUUAUUGGAUAAUAUGGUAAAUCAAGGAAUGGUACCCAAUGUAGUUUCUUACAAUGACAUGAUACUUGGCCACUGCAGGAAAGGGAAUAUGGAUAUGGCAUCCAGUGUAUUCUCAGACAUGCUCGCAAGGGGUUUGAAACCAAAUGUGGUCACUUAUUCUAUUUUGAUAGAUGGGAAUUUCAAAAAAGGUGAUAGUGAAAAAGCCUUAGACUUGUUUGACCAAAUGCUGAGCUUAAAUAUUGCCCCUACUGAUUUUACAUUUAAUACAAUUAUCAAUGGUUUGUGCAAAGUUGGCCAAAUGUCAGAGGCAAGGGAUAAGCUGAAGAAGUUUUUGGAGGAGGGUUUCAUUCCAAGCUGUAUGACUUACAACAGCAUUGUAGAUGGAUUUAUCAAGGAGGGUAACAUCGAUUCUGCAUUGGCUGUUUAUAGAGAGAUGUGUGAAUUUGGAGUUUCCCCAAAUGUUGUUACUUACACCAGCUUGAUUAAUGGGUUCUGCAAAAGUAAUAGGAUUGAUCUCGCUUUGAAAACGCAGGAUGAAAUGAGAGAAAAGGGUCUUGAAUUGGAUGUUACAGCAUAUAGUGCUCUUAUUGAUGGUUUUUGCAAAAGAAGGGAUAUGGAAAGUGCACAAGAUCUUUUCUUUGAACUCCUUGAAGUUGGCUUAUCCCCAAAUAGAAUUGUUUACAACAGCAUGAUUAGUGGCUUCAGAGAUCUGAAUAACAUGGAAGCAGCACUUGUUUGGUAUAAGAAGAUGAUCAAUGACAGGAUUCCUUGUGAUUUAGGAACAUACACAACUUUGAUUGAUGGAUUGCUGAAAGAAGGUAGACUUGUCUUUGCAUCAGAUCUUUACAUGGAGAUGCUUUCCAAGGGUAUUGUGCCUGAUAUUAUCACAUUUCAUGUUCUGGUAAAUGGACUUUGCAAUAAAGGACAGCUAGAGAAUGCACGGAAGAUCUUGGAAGAGAUGGAUAGGAAAAAUAUGACUCCUAGUGUUCUUAUUUAUAACACACUGAUAGCUGGUUAUUUCAGGGAAGGGAAUUUGAAAGAGGCUUUUACAUUGCAUGAUGAGAUGCUUGACAGAGGCCUUGUACCUGAUGAUGUAACCUAUGAUAUUCUCAUAAAUGGAAAGUUCAAAGGAGAUCGAUCCCUUUCUAGGCCUUCACAUGGUUAAAUCAGCACUCAAUUGGUCAUUCUUUGUAAAUUGCUUCUUGCCUUUGUUUAAGUCAUCAAGGAAGAAAUAUGUUGUUAGCUGUGACGCUUAUCCUUGUAAGCUUAUCCGUCCAAGAAGAUAAGGUUGACUGUCCUCAUCUUUCCCUGGAUCAAUGGAUCUAAACAACUCUAGAAUGCUGGGCACUCCUUUAACAUUGAUUACACCUUCUGCAUUCUCUCGAGUAAUGAAGACCGUCUUUUUGAUUGAUACAGCAGUGGCCCUUUGGUUGGGUAUUGGAGCCUGCAUUCGCUUCAGUCUACAGAGACAAAAUGUAGGACUAGUGCCAACAGUUCAUCGCAUUUUGGCACUCUUAUGGGGGCUUGGGAAACUAGAGAAAACGGGUAAGAUUCACAUUAUUGUGGGACCUGAGUAAUGUGAUCAGAUGGUUAAUUCUAGAUUGGCUAUUUCUUAGCACUUAAUCUAUGAGAGAAAUUGUGGAUAUUUCUUUGCCUUUUGAUUCAUUUGUAUAUUGAAUUUAGGGUAGCAAUUUGGAUCUUGUUUGGCUAAAAGGGUUUUGCUGCACUUUUAGGCUCCCCUAUGCCUUCUUAGAGUUUUUCUUAUUUCCCUUAUGAUGCAUCUUAUCUUCUUAGACGGAUUUCCUCCUUUGCUGUCUGUUUAUAUUUUUCUGUCCUUUCUAACAAUUUGCAGCAUUUUAAGCGUGAUGAAUGGCAUGGAUCUGAAACAUUGGUAUUUUGUACUUUUCUGGACAUUUAUGCCAUCUGAACUUCAAUAUGAAAUAGAGGCAAGUCCAUGGUUGCAAAUUCAAAGCCAACCUUAUUCACCUUUCUAAUUCAUCCCCAACUUUGUUGUUUCUUUUGAAUGCUCAGGCCAGCAUGCACGUUUUGAUCUCUAGAUAACUCUGCACCGCUAUUAACGAUCCAGAAUUGCUAACCUUCCAAUGUGUAACAUCUUGGAUGCUAUGAAGCACGCUGCUUCUCUCGUAUUUGUCUUGGGAGGGAUCUGUUUGCCUUGUUUGUUCAGAUUUUGUGCUGCCUACUCUUGGGAUAUUUGGCCUUUAAGGAGAAAACAUGGAUCCAGCUAGAUAACCCACUAUUUUGUUCUUUCUAUGUGGGUAUUAUAUGUAUAAAAUGAGGCCCAACACAGAAUUUCUAAAACUGGCUGUAGGCUUACAUGGUUUUGAGUCAAACCGGCAACUGUAAGAUAAAGGCUGGAAAUAUGGUAUUCUUUUUAUAAGUUUAUUUAAUCGAAGAGAAACUUUCUACA